GUGUAUGUGUGUGUGUGUGUGUGUGUGUGUGUGUACUCCCUGGAUGAGGAGAUGUAAUCUCAUGUUUUGUCCACAGAAACCAACAGGAGAGAUCAGAGUCAGAGAUUCUCAGUGGUCAGUCUUCCCAGAGUCAUCAAACAGACCUGGCCUCCAUAUUCAGUUUGCUUGAAGAGAAUAUUAUGACAUUUGUGAAGAACGAGCUGAAGAUGUUCAAGAGGAUUCUUAGUCCAGAACUCCCAGAAGGCUUUGAGAGUCAGAAGCAGGAUAAGGAAGUGGUGGAUGCUGAAGAUGAAAAGCAGGAGAGCAGUGCCAGAGAGGGGGCUCUGAAGAUCACACUGCACAUCCUGAGGAAAAUGAACCAGAAGGAGCUUGCUGACACACUGGAGAAAAAUGAGCUUGCUUUGAUUUGCCAACGUGAACUCAAAUCUAAUCUAAAGAAGAAGUUUCAAUGUGUAUUUGAGGGGAUCGCUAAACAAGGAAACCCAACACUUCUCAAUAAGAUCUACACAGACCUCUACAUCACAGAGGGUGGAACAGGAGAGGUCAAUAAUGAACAUGAGCUGAGACAGAUUGAGACAACAACCAGGAAACAAGCAAGAUCAGAGACUGCAAUCAAAUGUAACGACAUCUUCAAACCCUUAACUGGACAAGACAAACCUAUCAGAACUGUGCUGACAAAGGGAGUCGCUGGCAUUGGAAAAACAGUCUCUGUGCAGAAGUUCAUUCUGGACUGGGCUGAAGGAAAAGCAAAUCAGGAUGUCCAAUUUGUAUUUUCAUUCCCUUUUCGGGAGCUGAAUUUGAUGAAAGUGGACACCCAAACUUUGAUUGAACUUCUCAAUCACUUCUCAAUGGAAACCAAACAAUCAAGAAUCUCCAACUACGACAAGUACAAAGUUCUGUUCAUCUUUGAUGGUCUGGAUGAGUGCCGACUGCCCCUAGACUUCAAGAAUAACAAGAUAUGUUGUGACGUCACAGAGUCAACCUCAGUGGAUGUUCUGCUGACAAAUCUCAUCAAGGGAAAUCUGCUUCCCUCUGCUCUCCUCUGGAUAACUACCCGACCUGCAGCAGCCAAUAAGAUCCCUUCAGGGUGUGUUGACCAGGUGACAGAGGUACGAGGGUUCAAUGACCCACAGAAGGAGGAAUACUUCAGGAAGAGAUGCAGUGACGAGGACCUGGCCAGCAGAAUCAUCUCACACAUAAAGACAUCAAGGAGCCUCCACAUCAUGUGCCACAUUCCAGUCUUCUGUUGGAUUUCUGCAACAGUCCUUGAACACAUGCUGAAACAUCAGAGAGAAGAGAUGCCCAAGACUCUGACUGAGAUGUACACACACCUUGUGGUGUUUCAUACCAAACAGAAGAAUGAAAAGUAUCUUGGGAAAGAAGAGACAGGUCCACACUGGAAUAAAGAGAGCAUUCUGUCACUGGGAAAACUGGCUUUUCAACAGCUUGUGAAGGGCAGUCUGAUUUUCUAUGAAGAAGACCUGAAAGAGGCUGGCAUUGAUGUCAGUGAAGCCUCAGUGUACUCAGGAUUGUGCACACAGCUCUUUAAAGAGGAAUGUGUGCUGUACCAGGACAAGGUGUACUGCUUCGUACAUCUGAGCAUUCAGGAGUUUCUGGCUGCUGUAUAUGUGUUCCUCUCAUUCAUCAACAACAAUGAGAAUCUAAUGGACGAACCUCAAUCAAUGUUCAGAUACUUCUUCAGAGAGAAGCCUAAAGUUACUGAAGUUACUGUCUACAAGAGUGCUGUGGAUAAAGCCUUACAAAGUGAGACGGGAAACCUGGACCUUUUCCUUCGCUUCCUUCUGGGCCUCUCACUGGAGUCCAAUCAGAAGCACUUACGAGGUCUACUGACAAAGACAAGAAGCAGCACACAGAGCCAUGAAGAAACAGUCAAGUACAUCAAGGAGAAGAUCGGGGAGGAUCUCUCUCCAGAGAGGAGCAUCAAUCUGUUCCACUGUCUGAAUGAACUAAAUGACCAUUCCCUUGUGAAGGAGAUCCAAAGAUACCUGAGAUCAGGAAGUCUCUCUAGAGACAACCUGUCACCUGCACAGUGGUCAGCUCUGGUCUUUGUGUUGCUGACUUCAGAAAAGGAGCUGGAUGUGUUUGACCUGAAGAAAUUCUCCAGAUCAGAUGAAGGUCUUCUGAGGCUGCUGCCAGUGGUCAAAGCCUCCAGAGCUGCUCUGCUGUCAGGCUGUGGAGUCACAGAGGAAGGCUGUGCUUCUCUGGUCUCAGCUCUGAUGUCAAACCCCUCACACCUGAGAGAGCUGGAUCUGAGUAACAAUGACCUGAAGGAUUCAGGAGUGAAGCUGCUCUCUGGUGGACUGGGGAAUCCCCACUGUAAACUGGAGACUCUGAGGCUGUCAGGCUGUCUAGUCACAGAGGAAGGCUGUGCUUCUCUGGUCUCAGCUCUGAGGUCAAACCCCUCACACCUGAGAGAGCUGGACCUGAGCUACAAUCACCCAGGAGAGUCAGGAGUCAGACUGCUCUCUGCUGGACUGGAGGAUCCACACUGCAGACUGGAGAAACUCAAUGUGGAACAUGGUGGAGAGAACAGAAUGAAACCUGGGCUUAGAAAAUAUGUCUGUGAUCUCAUACUGGACCCAAACACAGUAAACAGACACCUCUUUCUGUCUGAGGAGAACAGAAAGGUCACAUGGAGGAUAGAGGAGCAGCCGUAUCCUGAUCACCCAGAGAGAUUUGAGGACUGUAGACAGGUGCUGUGUAGAGAGGGUCUGACUGGGCGCUGUUACUGGGAGGUAGAGUGGAGUGGGAUAAUGGGGGCUGAUAUAGGAGUGACAUAUAAAGGAAUCAACAGGAGAGGAAGGGAUAAGGACUGUUGUCUUGGAUACAAUGACAAGUCCUGGAGUCUGACCUGCUCUGACAACAGUUACGCUGCCAGGCACAAUAAUAACGACAAUACCAUAGACGUCCCCUCCUCCAGCUCCCACAGAGUAGGAGUGUAUCUGGACUGGCCAGCCGGCACUCUGUCCUUCUACAGAGCCUCCUCUGACACACUGACCCACCUGAUCACAUUCACCUCCACAUUCACUGAGCCCCUCUAUCCAGGGUUUAGGAUUGAGGAUGAUUUAUUUGGGAUUUCCUCAGUGUCCCUGUGUCAGUGAUACAUACACACACACACACACACACACACAUACACACUGACACAUUGGAAACACACGUUCACUAGACACACACACUCAACACACACACAUACGUGUUUAUAUCACCUACUGAGGCCACCUGUUCUCACACCACAUCCAAGUUCCGACCAACUAGUACCAUCUGGGGACAAUAGUGUCGGCUGUUGUUCAGGGAACAAGGGUAAAAUGGAUUCUAAUCUAGAUCAGUUUGAAUUGCCUUUCAGCAUAUCAGAAACCACUAGAUCAUGGAUUCUAAUCUAGAUCAGUUUGAAUUGUCUUUCAGCAUAUCAGAACCCAGUAGAGAAUGGGUUCUAAUCUAGAUCUGUUUGAAUUGUCUUUCAGCAUAUCAGAACCACUAGAGAAUGUUGCCAGGUGUUCUCUUUAGCAUAUCAGAACCACUAGAGAAUGUUGCUGGGUGUUCUCUUUAGCAUAUCAGAACCACUAGAGAAUGUUGCUGGGUGUUCUCUUUAGCAUAUCAGAACCACUAGAGAAUGUUGCUGGGUGUUCUCUUUAGCAUAUCAGAACGUUGCAACGUUCACGCAUCUGAACAAGCAGCUCCAUUGAUUUGAUCACCCAUCUGCACAAGCAGCUCCAUUGAUUUGAUCACCCAUCUGCACAAGCAGCUCCAUUGAUUUGAUCACCCAUCUGAACAAGCAGCUCCAUUGAUCUGAUCACCCAUCUGCACAAGCAGCUCCAUUGAUUUGUUCACCCAUCUUUACAAGCAGCUCCAUUGGUUUGAUCACCCAUCUGCACAAGCAGCUCCAUUGAUCUGAUCACCCAUCUGAACAAGCAGCUCCAUUGAUCUGAUCACCCAUCUGCACAAGCAGCUCCAUUGAUCUGAUCAUCUGAACAAGCAGCUUGGAAAAGAGACCCUGAAAACUGAGAAUUGUGACCACACCCACUCCACUGAGUGAUUGCUUUGCAAUGCUUGCAGAUAGACACUGAUUUCUUCCAACCACUCAUUGCUGAAUUUGCGAUUUCCAACUUGUUGUGUAAUCUUUCUGUCCAAUGGCC